UUAUAAACGUUAAAAAUAUAUUGUCAGUGUUGAAACAAGUAUUCAGUCACGUAAGAUUUAAUUUUUUACUUGAAUAAAUAAAAAAUUUUGUGGUGGAAAACAGUGAAUAGUACUCACAAUGCACGGAAGACUAAAGGUUCGUACAAGUGCAGAACAAGAAGAAAUAAAAAAGAAAGAAAGGGCAAAGAAACUUGCACAAUAUAGAGCUGGCAUGAGUUUGGUAUUUCAAAAAAGAAAAGAUAAAACUUACGAUGAUGAACUAAUGAUGGUUAUUGAACGAUUACUAAUAGAGAAUCCUGAUAUUUAUACAUUAUGGAACAUUCGAAGAGAAGCAUUUACAAAUAAUGAGUGGAGCGAAGAACGAUUAAAUGAAUCCUACCGACAUGAAUUAGUUCUUACUGAAAACUGUCUGAAACAGAAUCCUAAAUCGUAUUAUGCAUGGUACCAAAGAAUAUGGAUUAUGGAACAUAUGGCAGAACCCGACUGGAAAAGAGAACUAAUGCUAUGCACCAAAUAUUUAGACAUUGAUGAAAGAAACUUUCAUUGCUGGAAUCAUAGGCAAUAUGUUGUACAAAAAGCAGGAGUUUCUCCUGAGGAUGAGUUUAAAUAUUCCACCUCGAAAAUUCUAAACAAUUUUUCUAAUUAUUCUUCCUGGCAUUACAGGAGCCAACUUUUAUCGAAGCUAUUUGAUGAUUGUGAUAAAAAAAGCAUUGAUGAAAAAAGAAAAGAUGAACUUGAAUUGGUGAUGAAUGCCACGUUCACAGAUCCUAAUGAUACGAGUGCUUGGUUCUAUCAAAGAUGGUUAUUAAGUACUUAUGACGUUUCUUCUACCCUCUCUCAAGCUUUGUUACAAGAUAAUAAUGUUAUUCUCUAUAUCAAUGAAAAUAUAUCACCUGAAUCAAUAUGUCUGCGUAUUAACAAUGAAAUUGAAUCCAUUGAAUGGAAGUCUUGGCAAAAAACAAAAUUUUCUAAAUUGUGGUUUGGAAGAUUAAAAAAACAACCGAAUGAAAUAAGUGAAAUCCUAGUUGAUAUUGAGGGAAAAGUUUAUCCUUUACACUAUUCUAAUCAGAAAUGGAUUUAUAAAAAAAGGAAAUCCAGACCGUCUUAUAAUGAAGACCAAUUAGUGGAUCAAUUGUCAAAUUAUAAACAGCUUGUAGACAUGGAACCCGAUAACAAAUGGGCUCUCCUUACUGCUGUACAUUUAAUGAGAAAAAUUGAUUAUAUAAAAUUUAAUGACGAUAUUCUAACAAAUUUAAAGGCUCUGCUCAAAGUUGAUCCUCUGCGGUUUAAUUACUAUAAAGACUUACGAAGUAAAUACAUAAUAAAGUACAAAUUAUACGAAUUAUUUAACACAAAAGAAGAUCAAGAAGUAGAAUUAAAACUGGAUCUUUCAGGUUUAAAUUUAACAACACUGAGUAAUAAUGAAAACCUUAGUUUCUUUGAGGAAGUAAAUCUUGGUGCCAACACUUUAGCAAAAUCCUUACAUCAGUUAGGUUUACUACAGAAUUGUAAGAAAUUAUCGUUAUCAAGUAAUCAAUUGGAAAGUUUGAAAAAAUUUCCUAUAUUAGAAAAUCUUGAAGUUCUGUCAUUGAGAAAUAAUAAACUAAAUAUGUUAGAAGAAAUAUUACAAUUAUUAGUAAGACAUAAAUUAAAGUCACUUGAUUUAAGGGAAAAUCCAGUAUGUAAUGUUACACAAUUAAAAACUACUAUUAUGGAUAUUAAUCCAAAUUUACAAUUACACAUAGAAUAA